CACAGCUCAGUCACCAGCUUCAAUCCACAGACCCUCUGCUCGAACCUGGGCGCUCAGCCCCGAAGUGGGGGUUGAGAUUCCAACGCCUUCCUCAGGUCACUGGGGAAGUGUCCACAGGCUCUCUAUUCCCAUGACUUCUGACCCCCCAGCACCCCAGAUGCAGGGGUAGGUCAGCUGGGUGAGGGCCCCUGGACUGGGGGAGGUCCUGUGUGCUGUUUCCGACAGUGGUGGGGUGGGGCCGCCUCAUCACCAACCUGCCUGCUUUCAGUGGAGGGAGAAUCUCUGCCGGGCAAGGACCAGAGGCUGGGUCCUCCCGCUGGCCUCCCAGAGGUGACCCUCAGCGACAGUCGGGGCUGCCCAGGGCAUGGGACAGGAGGGGCUGGGGGCCACAGGCAAAUGCUCCACUGCUGUCCGGGGCAUCUGCGGUGCCCCCUUGGUUGGUUCCUGGAGAACAUGCCGCCGAGGGCUCCACCUGCCGGGGAGGUGCACCUGGCUUAGCCACACAGUCCUGUGCCUCUGAAACACGGGCCUCAUGGGUUUCUGUGACUUUCCUGCCCAUGGGAGCCAUCCUGCUAGCUGGGCAGGUGUGUUGAGGGUAGACGUCCACCCACCCCAUGUCCUCUCCGGAGAGUGAGGGGCCGACCCAACAAAGACAGGACCCUUAGGGUGAUGAAGGGUGGGCUUGGAACCCCCACCAAGGGACUCAAGGGUCUGUGCCCGCAAUUUGCAGUUAAUGAUGCUGUCUGCUCUCCUCCAAAGGGCAGCCCGCCUGCCCUCUCAUCAGACCACAUCCUGUGUUAGGUUUUUGUUUAAUCAAUGCAGUCAGCACUGCCCCCUUCACCACCGGUGUCCCCAAUGGAAUCCCAGGGUCAGGAAUGCGCAGCAGGCAGUCGGCACAGCGGCAAGCACACUGCGGGCCAUAUAAAGCAGGGAGAGCCCAGGGCCCAUGCCUCCUGGACGAGGACCCAGAGCAGCUCUGCCCAGCCCAGCCCCGGAGCCCAAGAAUCCACCAGCCAGCCCUCCUGGGAGCAGUCUCAGCCACACGGUGAGCACAGAUGCCCUGUCCCCAGCAGGAACUGCAGCUCAGGCCCUGCCCGGGCAGGAGCCAGGCACGGGCAGUCAGAGGGCACACAGACACCCAGGGAGGGAGGACCCGAAGAGGGAACACCAGUGCCUCACAUGCCAACAGCCCGGAGCAGCACAGAUUGGUCACGGCUGCCCUGCCAGGGCUGGGACCCAGCCUCACCCCUGUGCUUUCCCUGAUGCUUCCUGGCUGUGGGGCCUGAAGCCGUGACUCGCGCUGGGGCCCCCUUUCCAGUGAUGAACACCCCCAGUUUCUACCAGAUUCUCAAAGGGGUGCAUGAAGGGGUCCAGGGCCUGCUCUGUGUCAGGGUGUCUCCUUUCUAGACACCCAGCGGCUACUCCCAGGUGGAUUCAUCCACCAGGAUGGAACGGUCCCCGGUCCACAUCACAGUCAGCAAAGUGCUUCCUAUGAGGAGGGAAUGGGGCUGGGCCCCUGCAGAAAACCACCUCGUGGAAGCCCCACUCUGUGCCCUGAUGGGAAGGCUUUCCUGGUGGCAUGUGAGGGAGGUCGCUCCAUCCCUGGGGGACGAGAGAAGCUUAGAACUGGAUUUGGGUAGAAAGUGGGGUUGCGUUUAUUAUUUUUUUAAAAGCUUCCUGGCUGAGCUCGCUUCUUUGAAAUGUGUUCAAGGGAGCCAUUUCUGGAAAGGGCUCUGGGGACUCCCGUACUGUCUUCUCCAGGGCCGGUGCUCUCUAUUCUAGCCUCAGUUUGACUCAGCAGAGGACAAGCCAGCUCCAGCUCCCCCGCAGUCACUGUCAAAAAGGCUUCCUUUGCCAGACAAGGGAGCAAGUGCUUCCAAGGCAGGUUCAUUCCAGGAGGAUGGGUUUCAGAUACCCCGAGUGCCAUGUGGAAUACAGAGUAGGGACUUAGGGCACGCCUUCCUGAGUCAAGCCCAGUUAGAUCUGGGACUGAACUCCAGCUCUGGCACUGGUAAGGCCAUGAGAUCUGGGGCAAGUCACCUCAGCUGUUUGAGCCUGACGCCACGCCUGCGAAACAGGAGGGUUGGGAGGACCUAGCAGAUACGUAUGCUUCUUGAAGAAGCCGUCCGGCCAUUACAAUUGUGAAUUCAGAGCCUCCACUUUCUAGCUGUGUGGCCUGGGUACAAUCUCAGUUUUUCUGAGUUUUGUUGCCUGAAAAAGUGGGACUGGCAGGACCUACCUAGCAGGAUGACUAAGAAGAUGAAAUACAAUCACGUGAGAGCUCUUAGCUCGGAGCCGGGCAGACCUAUGGUGCCCAGGCCCCAGCGGCGUCUGCACGCUCCUUCCCAGGUGGGUGUCCGAAUUAGGCCAGGACCAUCAAAUCUGUUUCUGGCUUUCAGGAGCAACUCGUUCCCACGUGAAAGAGACAUUAGCAGGAUGUCCCAGCUAAACGGCAGAGCUAGACCCAUUUAGUAUUAAGUUGAAAACUAAGGGAGAUUGAUGCUUUUAACUUUCCACCCCACAGUUCUGCAAUGAUACGGCUAUUUUAUAAUAAGAGAAAAAUGAGCAUAAAUUUGCUGACUCUCCCGGGGCCGCCUGGGCACUGCUCUGCCAUCCAGCAGUGGAUUUACAGCGCUAAGCUGCCCAGGCAGGCAGAUCGUGGGGACUGCAGGAAAAGAACCGGCCUAAUUGGUACAGUCACCUCCAGAUCCUGCUAAUACAACAGUGGCCUAGUCCCAGCAUUGCUCAGAAGCCGGGCUCAGCUGAGCCCCCUGCUCACACCUAUGCUGGCGGCCUGUCCCGGGGAAACAUUGUGGUGAGUUGCACUUGGCCACAUGUGCAGCUUGUAACUCUGCCUCUCUUUCCUCUGGGUCAGAUGGUAAGGUCCUACCCCCUGGUCUGCCUCCUCCUCCUGCCGCUGGGCACCUGCUUUCCUCUACUGGACAGAAGAGAGCCCACAGACGCCAUGGGUGGCACUGGAGCCAGAGAAAGCUGGGCCGACCUGGCCGAGGGGCCCCGACCCCACUCUGUGUGGGGCUCCUCUCGGUGGCUGAGAGCUUCACAGCCACAGGCCCUGCUUGUCAUAGCCAGGGGGCUGCAGACAUCGGGCAGAGAGCAUGCUGGCUGCAGGUUCCGCUUCGGGAGGCAGGAUGAAGGCAGUGAGGCCGACGACUUCCUCCCUGCCGGAGAGGUGAAGGCCAGCAGCCCGUUAGGGAACCUGGCUGAGGAGCUUAAUGGCUACAGCAGGAAGAAAGGCGGCUUCAGCUUCCGCUUCGGUCGGCGGUGAAGGGCCAGGAUGCCUCGGAAGGGUCUGCUGUUUGGACUCACCCCAUUGUCUUCACUCCUGCCUUCUCCCCCAGUCUCGAAGACCACGACACCCAGAUGGUGUAGGCACGGUUACGAUGAACGAUCCACGGAAGGACAGGUUAGGAGUGUGCUUACUUUUGAUUUCCAACUUUGCUGAAGCGAAAAACUAGGCAGUGUCAAAAAGGAGGCUGUCUUGGCGCCUCGGUCGUCCCAGCCUCUCUUCCCCUGGAGCUCUGACUCAGAGCAGCCCCCUGGCCCCAGGGGCACGGAGCUGAGGCUGUGGCUGGGCCAUGAAUGGGAACAGCAGAGCCAGGCAGCGGGCUGAGGGCUUACAGUUGGUUAAUCAAAGUUGUGACAGUCUAUAGGGACAACUGCAGCUGACAUCAGAGUGCAAAUGAGUACAUUCCACUGGGUACAGAGGAUGGUUCUGAAAGUUAAAAAUGGGAAAAAAGAAUCCGAUCCCCUUCUCCAUCCCUUUAGCACCAGAUCCCCCUGGCAAGAAGCCCCUGCUGUGGUGUGCCUUCCCCUCCGACGGCGGCCCUCCUCCGCAGCCCAGUGUUAGCCCAGCCGGGGGUCUCCUGGGAGAUGCAUUGGGAAGGAAUACGUUUUUGCUAUAGCAAGGCUGCAUUUCAUUUGUUCAAAAUCAGAAUAUGUCGUGUGUAUCUUUUCAAAUAAAAGGUGUGACAACUGCAAAACCAUA